CUCCACUUAAGGACUGGCAGACUUCGGGCCGCAGGUGAGAAAGGCCCACCUGGGUUCAUCAUCAGGGUAGUUCGGGGUUCUUUGGGGCCAGAGGAAUGUUGCAAUUUCUAUCAACAGCCAAUCCUUUGAAGAAUAAUAAGGGAGCCCUUCCCCAAUCAAGAUGGAGGAGUGAGAGGGUCAAGGGCGCUGUCUCCCCAAGGAAGUUUUCAACAAGAAACAAGAACUAGCAGAAACAUCUUUCUCCAAGCUUUGAAAAACAACUCAAGGGUUGUAGUAACAGGGCCAAUGGUGGCAGAGUCUACAUAGAACUAUGCUGCGUGGUGUUCUGGGAAAAACCUUUCGACUUGUUGGCUAUACUAUUCAGUAUGGCUGUAUAGCUCAUUGUGCUUUUGAAUACGUUGGUGGUGUUGUUAUGUGUUCUGGACCAUCAAUGGAGCCUACAAUUCAAAAUUCAGAUAUUGUCUUUGCAGAAAAUCUUAGUCGACAUUUUUAUGGUAUCCAAAGAGGUGACAUUGUGAUCGCAAAAAGCCCAAGUGAUCCAAAAUCAAAUAUUUGUAAAAGAGUAAUUGGUUUGGAAGGAGACAAAAUCCUCACCAAUAGUUCAUCGGAUUUCUUUAAAAGCCAUAGCUAUGUACCAAUGGGUCAUGUUUGGUUAGAAGGUGAUAAUCUACAGAAUUCUACAGAUUCCAGGUGCUAUGGACCUAUUCCAUAUGGAUUAAUAAGAGGACGUAUCUUCUUUAAGAUUUGGCCUCUGAGUGAGUUUGGAUUUCUACGUGACAGCCCCAAUGGCCACAGAUUUUCUGAUGAUUAGCAAGCAUUUAUUCUUUUGAUUUGAUUACUGUCUCCUGUUCAAGUGAUUUUAUUACUGUCAUUUCAACCAUGUAUUUACCAAUAAAAUAUUUGCUAUUCA